UAAAAUUACAAAUAUUUCCAGAGAUCCACAGACGCAGAAUUUCCAGCCACUCAGCGCCGAUUCUGCACCACCCCCUUCCCCCCUUCAUCUCCCUUCUCCAUUAAAUACUCUCUCUCUCUCAUAUUUCCAUUAGGGUUUCACCACACGCAGCACACGUACACACAACCUUCUCUCUCUUCAGUCCCUUUAUCAAGAUGGCUGGAACCGGUGUCGUAACAGUGUACGGAAACGGCGCAAUCACCGAGACCUCAAAGAAAUCCACCUUCUCCGUGAAAGUUGGUUUGGCCCAGAUGCUCCGAGGCGGCGUUAUAAUGGACGUCGUCAACGCCGAGCAGGCCCGCAUAGCCGAAGAAGCCGGCGCCUGCGCGGUCAUGGCCCUGGAACGAGUCCCCGCCGACAUACGGGCCCAAGGAGGCGUGGCCCGCAUGUCGGACCCACAGCUCAUCAAGGAAAUCAAGCAAACCGUCACUAUCCCAGUCAUGGCCAAGGCCCGGAUUGGCCACUUCGUGGAAGCCCAAAUCCUCGAAGCCAUCGGAAUCGACUACGUCGACGAGUCCGAAGUCCUCACCCCCGCCGACGAUGAAAACCACAUCAACAAGCACAAUUUUCGGAUCCCCUUUGUCUGUGGUUGCCGAAACCUUGGUGAAGCUCUCAGGAGAAUUCGUGAAGGCGCGGCCAUGAUUCGCACCAAAGGCGAGGCAGGCACCGGAAACAUCAUCGAGGCCGUCCGUCACGUGAGGUCCGUGAUGGGUGAUAUUCGAGUGCUCCGCAACAUGGACGACGAUGAGGUUUUCACUUUUGCGAAGGAAAUUCAGGCGCCCUACGAUUUGGUUAUGCAGACGAAGCAGCUGGGUAGGCUUCCCGUGGUGCAUUUCGCUGCCGGAGGGGUGGCCACUCCGGCCGAUGCCGCUUUGAUGAUGCAGCUUGGGUGCGAUGGUGUUUUUGUUGGGUCUGGCGUUUUCAAGAGUGGUGAUCCAGCGAGGAGGGCUCGCGCGAUUGUGCAGGCAGUGACGCAUUACAGUGAUCCGGAGGUGCUGGCGGAUGUGAGCUGUGGGUUGGGUGAGGCAAUGGUUGGUAUUAACCUCAACGAUGCCAAGGUUGAAAGAGCAUUGCCUCUGUAUAUAGGCAAGGACUUCAGGUUUUAUACCUGGGGAGGUCCAAUCACUGUUCUUGAGACUUGUUUUGGCGAGGUGGAUGGGGGUGUUGCUGCUGCUGCUGUAAACCAGGUUCUGAAACCCCUAAAAUAA